AUGGAAGUAGCAAACUAUUGUGAAGGCCUGGACCCCUCUUACAGCACACUGGGAUUUGAGAAUGCAGACGUUCUCUAUGGAGGAGACAGCAUGCCGACAGAGCCCGGGGUGCCAGGUCCAGAUGGAAUGAUCAGUAAUUGUGCUAUAUGCGGAGACAAGGCCACAGGGAAACAUUAUGGAGCCUCCAGCUGUGAUGGCUGCAAGGGCUUUUUCAGGCGCUCCAUACGGAAGAACCACGUCUAUACAUGCAGGUUCAGUCGACAGUGCAUUGUGGACAAAGAUAAGCGAAACCAAUGCCGUUUUUGCAGACUUAACAAAUGCUUCAGGGCCGGGAUGAAGAAAGAAGCUGUACAGAAUGAGAGAGAUCGGAUAAGCUCAAGAAGAACCAUCCAGGAACAAUCCCAAGACGUUCCACCUAUAACGAUUCUGGCACAGGCCGAGUCUCUGUCACAACAGAUCACAGCCCCGGUGGUGCUGAGAGACCUGGCGGAGCAGAAGUCGGCCUCUGUCUCAGACGUGUGUGACUCCAUGAGGCAGCAGCUGCUGGUGCUGGUGGAGUGGGCCAAAUACAUCCCUGCGUUUGGAGAGCUGCCUUUGGAUGACCAGGUCAGCCUGCUCAGGGCUCACGCGGGUGAACACCUCUUACUGGGAGUCGCCAAAAGGUCAAUGCCCUUCAAGGACUUCCUGCUCUUAGGUAAUGGGUAUGUGAUCCAUAGAAACAGUCCUGAGGCGGAGGUGUCUCGAGUGGCCAAUCGAGUCCUGGAUGAGCUGGUCCAGCCUUUCCAAGAUAUUCAGAUUGAUGAAAAUGAAUACGCCGCACUCAAAGCAAUUGUCUUCUUUGACCCAGAUGCAAAGUCUUUAAGGGACCCAUCCAAAAUAAAGGCCAUGCGACUUCAGGUCCAGAUGAGCCUGGAAGACUACAUUAAUGACCGUCAGUACGACUCCAGAGGUCGCUUUGGGGAGCUGUUACUGCUGCUGCCCACCCUCCAGAGCAUCACGUGGCAGAUGAUUGAGCAGCUUCAGUUCAUUAAGCUCUGCGGCCUGGCCAAGAUAGACAACCUUCUGCAGGAGAUGCUGCUCGGAGGGUUUGCGGCUGAAUCGGGGCAUCUGGGGCAUCUGCACCACUCCGCUCACACCCAGCUGGCACAGGACCCAGUGACAGGACACACACUGGUCAUCAGCGCCAUGCCUGUCACACACACAGCUCAGCUAGCCUCUCCGGACACGCCCAUCCCAUCUCCUCCUCAGGGUCCAGACUUGUACAGUCCCUCCCCCUCCGCCCAGCCCGACUCGUGA